CCAUUCCCAACCACCCGCAUCAUCAUUACACUGCACACAUUCUUCGGAGCCCGCCGAGACGCCCAUGAUCAAUCAUCGCGGCCUCGAUGCAAGGUCUCCCGGGAAUGGCGGACCAAUCCGCAUCUUGGCCCUACGGGUCGCAGAAACGGUCAGCAGGCCAGCCCCCAGGCAGUCGGCAUGAAUUUCCUACGUCUAUUCUUGCUUUUCGUAUGCCCAGAAUCGAUAUCCCGUAAGCGCCUUGGCCUGUCAUAUCUAUCGAUAGGCUCAGAUAUCAAAUGCAGAGGGAACAUUGGCGACAUCGAUUCAAGUGUGAUGUGGAGGCGGUUCAUGCAUCGCGCUUACACCCCGCCAUUGUCUUUGAUCACGCACCUGCAUUCGCCGAAACGCUGGACUCACUUACCCCUCCUCAACACAACUCAAUUCACCCAGGGCAAGGAAGCCAGUACGCAGAGUUUUCGCUUCACUACUACGGUACCGGAUAUCAGGUACCUCCAACAAGCGUUUUGGUUGAUACGGAACCCGCAUAUCCUGCUACAAAUCCAGCCCGAUAUUCUACCCCCUCGUCCUAAGAAGGCAACUCAGAUUAAGUCGUGAAACGGGGGAGUCGUUGUCCUCAUCCACGUGCUGGGCGAUCUAGCCGCCGCCGCCGUCAAGUCUGCAUAGGCGCCGGCGGCUGAAGAGAUCACUCACAUCGGUCCCAAAGUAGA